AAGCACACCUGAGCACAAGUACCACCGAUAUGCAAGUAUCCUCUGUCAGGAGACCGUCUACCACCAGCGGUUUGCGUGUUCGCAGUUUGCUGUGACUCCCAUGCCAUGGACACAGUGCUACCGCAUGUGCAGUCCAUUUGCCGUGGAAGUUGCAGAGCUCGCAGACAAGUUGGUGGUGAGACCAGAGCGUCACAGGUUGUUUGAUCAGUGGAUCGAUGCUCCAGCGAUCCAGAACCGCAUGUGACCGCACAGACAGCGUGCAUGUAUCUAAACGAGCAAGACUCGUACUUUGCCAACCUAUCGUUGGCGAGCUGCAGUCGCGCACACUGCGUUGCACAGGAGCUAUACCGUGGCACUCUUCUGAGACGUGGAGCUCGCAAAAGCUCUUUCAAACCCUCUCCCCGCCUUUCCUAUUGAAUUCACAGAGACCGCAAAGUGAGAAGGUUCGGAUGUUCCGGCGACACCCUCUCGCGACAUUGCCGCCACAAGUCGUCCACGUUUAUGAAGGCCCGGGCGUCACAACUCCUCGUGCUCGCUGUUGCGCUACUGAACGAGGUGUGUUGAUGAGAAGGACCACUGAGCCACCACAAUACUGCACAUUGCGGCCGAGCAUUGUAUGUUUGCAACGGCAAUUAACAGGCCUCUAGGAGUGAAAGUCACAGCAGAUCAUCUUUGUCAAUAUGCCGUGCGGCUUGAGGAGUCGACGUCCCUUUGAAUCUGGGAGGUCGAGAACGAAGGGGUACAAUCACGAUGUCUCGGUGCAAAUCAAUGAGAGCAGGGUCAUCAACAAGAGCAGCGAUGUCGUGCCGGUUCCCGGUGCUGCACAACGACCUGAACUCCAGCAUUACACUGGAUAUGAAGCCUCCCUACAGAACGCACUUGCAGCCUUCAGACCUCACAAGCCAAGACCGGGUCACGAAAUGCCCGAGCUCUAUUUCAACAAGGGGGAUCAUUGCGCAGCGAUGGCAUGGGAACUCGUUUCAUCGACAGACUCCAUCGAGGAUAAAAUCAAGGCCGACAACUUGGCCUUUCCUUGCCACUGCCAUGGGCUAGAAUGUCUUACUGUUCCAUGCGAGUCCAGCGAGCCUACCUGCGCAGGGUAUGACAAGGGUGUAUCGCAUCAUUCGCUCAAUCCUGACGCCGUACGAACCGUAUACAUGCUUCCCAUGAGGCAACAGCAUUCGAGUGCAAGGCGGGCUCAACAACACAUGGUCGCAGCGCCACUAAAUUCAAGCGUUGAUGGACCAGUAUCGAUGAUCAGAGAGGCCUCUAGCUACACCACAAAUUGGUGGCCGAAACCAUUGCAUGCGAUGUGUGCUUGCGGUCACGCUCUCGGCAGACAACUUCAGGAUGCUAAAGGCAGCUGCGAACUCGACCCAGCUGUCGUGUACCCCGUUCUGGCUAGCUAUGACACUCACGACUUGUGCGUGAAUUGUCUUGUGGUACUUGAGGAGAAGUUUUGUUGCGAAUACGUGAACUUGAGUUUGUUCUCCUGGUUAAAGUUUGGAAAGCAGCUGGCAGUUCUAGAGACGUUGUCAAAGAUUUGUUGUGCCAGUAUGUCUAGUUCUUGGAACGGUCGAAGUAUGCUGAUGAUGCGCGAAGCUCCCAUUGAGUCUAUGUUGAGGAUAUGUUGUGGCUCGAUAAGAUUAUUCGGCACGUUGUCUUCCCCAUAGCUCAUGUUCCUGGGUCACAGGACAAUGACGAGAUGUCUCAGUGGUUCCGCAAUUCCGUAACCUCAGGACCUGUUGUUGUGAGGAGCAGCGAACCGACAUUGAAGCGUCAUGCGCCCUGAUAAUGUUGGAUGGCACGGCUUCCGGAACUGUCACUGCAUUCGAGGGUGAUUCUGUGACGAGUCGCAUUCGGGACAGGUGCCGCGCAUCCUGUGGAGAUCAACGGCAUACAUAUUCCCAUGCAAGGCUUAUAGCUUCGGGA